AGGCUCAGUUCAAUUAAGACUUCAGCAAUGACCGGAACACUUCCAGCUACCUUCGUGAAGGGCUUCCACAAUGAGGAGCUGGUUCGCCGCAUGGAAUACCGCAAGUUGGGCGGCACCAAUUUAAGAGUAUCGAAAAUUGCACUAGGCGGGGCCACAUUGAGUGCGCUCUUUGACCAAAAAUUCGACGAAGAGGAAGGCAUCAGAACCGUGCAGGAAGCUAUUAAGUCAGGCAUCAACUAUAUCGACACUGCGCCGUUCUAUGGCCAAGGUCAGUCGGAGCAGGUGCUAGGCAAGGCGCUGAUGGAUGUCCCAAGGGAAGCGUAUUACAUAGCCACCAAAGUGGGACGCUACGAACUAGACCCCGAUCGCAUGUUCGACUUUACUGCGGCCAAAACACGAGAGAGCGUCAAGAAGAGCUUGGGUCUGCUGGGCCUGGACUAUGUGGACGUGUUGCAGGUGCAUGACGUGGAUGCGGCGCCCAGUCUUGACCUAGUGUUGAAGGAGACAAUUCCAGUGCUUGAAGAGUUUGUGAAGGCCGGCAAAGCUCGUUUCAUUGGCAUCACCGGCUACGAUGUAGACGUUCUCAAGGAGUGCGCCGAGCGAGCGAAGGGUCGAGUGAACAUAGUCCUGUCCUAUGCUCGCUAUACGCUUCUGGAUAACACUCUGUUGCGCCACAUGAAGGCAUUCAGGGAGCUGAAUGUGGGCGUCAUCUGUGCCGCAGCCCACGCGCUUGGCCUGCUCACCAAUGCUGGCCCACAGGCCUGGCACCCCGGCAGCCCGGAACUGCAGCAAGUGGGUCGACAGGCCGCCGAGAUUUGCAAGCAGCGUGGCGUGGAACUGGGCAAACUGGCCAUGUACUACUCCACGCAGCUAGAGGGCGCCGCGACCUUCUUGAUCGGCAUACCCAAUCGACGUCUGCUGCAGCUCAAUUUUGAUGCGGUGCUCAACGGCUUGAACUCCGCCGAGCAGGAAGUGCUGCAGUAUCUGCGGGAAAAUGUUUUCAAGCAGUCCUACAGCUGGGGAUCGACGUUGUCGACGGUCAGGGACUUUAAAUAAGUCAGCCAUGUCUGCCUGUGCGAAUGCUGGAAGAGCUUUAACAACAAUUCAAAUGUAGCAAAUGUUA